ACGAGGAUUUUAUAUCGUUAUAUUGUCGAUCGCAUUUUUUAUGAUGUAAUUUUAUUUACAGGUAAGAUUGGACUUUUUUACUUGAUAUUUUACGGCGUCCUGGCAGCACUCGUCGCUAUUUGUUUCUGGGCAUUCUUUCAAACGCUCGAUCCAAGGAUACCAAGGUGGCAGCUUGAAAGAUCCAUUAUUGGAACAAAUCCAGGAUUAGGAUUCAGGCCAAUGCCACCGACGGAAAACGUGGAGAGCACCCUGAUCUGGUACAGAGGCACCGACAGCGAAAACUUUAAACACUGGAUUGAUUCACUACAAGACUUUCUCAAAGAUUAUAUAACACCUGGGUCUGUUCUUGGUCUUGGUGCUAACAUUAACAAGUGCGAUUACAAUCAGCCACCGCCACCCGGAAAAGUCUGCGAUGUCGAUGUAAAAAACUGGCAUCCUUGCACCAAGGAGAAUAGAUAUAACUAUCACAAGUCCGCCCCCUGUAUUUUUCUUAAGCUGAACAAGAUUUAUGGCUGGAGACCAGAAUUUUACAACGAUACUGGAAACUUGCCGCAAAAGAUGCCGGUCGAUCUCAAGGAGCAUAUCGCAAGUCUGAAAGGGAACAAUUCCCUCCAGCUGAACACCAUUUGGGUAUCCUGCGAGGGUGAGAAUCCUGCCGAUCAGGAGAACAUCGGACCGAUCAAUUAUUUGCCGCGACGCGGUUUCCCCGGUUACUUUUAUCCUUAUGAAAAUUCCGAGGGUUACCUGAGUCCGUUGGUCGCAGUGCACUUUGUUAGACCGCGAACCGGAAUCCUGAUAAAUGUAGAGUGCAAGGCUUGGGCGAAGAAUAUCAAGCACAGUCGUACCGACAAAAUUGGCGCGGUUCAUUUCGAGCUGAUGAUAGAUUAACGAAAUCUGCAAGUCUGUCUUCAAGGCUGCUCGCGCGGUCUCCUAAACCGAAAUUAACGAGCGUCCUCGGGAGGCUCUCGGGAUGGCCGUUAGGCAAAUUUUCAUCUUCCAAAAUUACGAAAUUGCAAGACGAGCGAAUAUCUCGUCGAGUCCGAUCUCUCUAGCCGAGACAUUAAUCAAGUACAAAACAGAGAGGCCUUUUGCCACGCGUUUCGCCUCCGCGCAAUCGGUGGGGAAAACUUUUGGGAACGAAUGAAAAAGGAAUGGAGCAACCGAAUCUCAAAGAAUUAUACGCCGUUUAUCGCGUGCCUUCCUUUACUCGUAGGCGCAAUUUGUUUGUAAAAACUGAUCAAUUUAUAAUAGAAUGUAAAAGAAUCUCACAUAUGCAUUUUAAGGAAUAUCAUUUAAAAUACUCAUAUAUACAUAUAGUAUAUUAUUAGCUGGAUAGAUUUUUUUAUAAUCGGUCGUACGAUUUUGAAGACUUUCAAAUGACAGUAGAAAUUAAUAUACUCAGAUGAUGUCGUAUUUUGUGUCUUAUUGGAAUGCCAAUAGGUUUGUCGAGUAAAAAAUAAGAGCUACAAAGUGAAAAAUAUAAGCUCUUAUUAAUGGGGGGUAUGAAGUUAAAAUUGCAACUACAUCAAUUAUAAAAAUAUCUAAGCUUUUGUAUAACUAUUAGUACUGAAAAAUCUGGUAAAACGCUACGCGUAUUUAAAGAUUUUUAUACGUCGACGUUAUAUCACAUAGAUGUCAUUUUAUGGCAUAUAAUAGAAAAGACAAAUUCUAAUGAUAAAAUAUAACGUAAAAAGUACGAAUUAAGACGCGAAUACAAAUAUAUUUUAUUUUUAUCUCCUUAAAUAAAGUUUGAAAAUUGGAAUAUUAAUCGUAUAAAAAUUAUUCUAGAGAUAAGAUAAUUUUCUCUUAAAAAGAACAAGAAUGUUUAUAUGUUUGAAAUGUAUAGAAAUAAUAACGGUUUAAUCUAAAGAAAAUGUAUUGAGCCAGCUUAACGAGAAAUUAGAGAUAUGAGAUAUUGUAUAUGUUGUUUUAUUCAAAGAUUUUACUUUAAAGAUA